GCCCUCCCCGUCCCCGGGUCUAUAAAGCGGGGAGCGGCGCCCGCCGACGGCCAAUGCGCACGGAGCGCCCGCCCUGCCGCUGCCACCGGACGUCGAGGCGGCGAUGAGACUCCCACUGGCUUUCGCCGUGCUCCUCCUGGCCUCGGCGCGGGCGCUGGCCGAUGAGAUGGGAGCCCCCGACGACCUCAGCUACUGGGCAGACUGGGCUGACGGCGAGCAGGCAAAGGAGGAGCUGCCGCUGCCCCUGGAGCACUUCUUGCAGAGGAUGGCGCGGAGACCCCGGCCCCAGCAGUUCUUCGGCCUCAUGGGCAAGCGGGAUGCCGGAUACGGCCAAAUCUCUCACAAAAGGCAUAAAACAGACUCCUUUGUUGGACUGAUGGGCAAAAGAUCUUUAAAUUCUGAUCAUUAUUCCUGAUAACCUUGGAGCAGGAGGUGAAAGAGCAGAGACCAGCCAUUAACACCACCUCAGUCUGCAGGUCAAGCUGCUAAACAUUCCCAGCCUCUUCCAGCUUUACCUAAAAAUAGCAAAAAGCAUUUUAAGCUUUGAAUAGAUACAAUGAAUUUCUACUGUUUUCCCAUGGCAUCCAUAUAGGGCAGAGUACUCCUCCCUCUUGCACGAUCCCUGAGGGUAAUUCCAGGCUGCCAGGAGCCUCUGCUACAGGGCUGCAGUGAGGAAAUCCCUCACUGUGAACUCUAAAGUGUCAGUUAAUUCCCUAGAACAGGAAUUUAAAAAAAAAAAAAAGGAAAAAAAAACUAAUGCCUAUUUCACGUCUCUGAAAUAGUUCUCGCUGUUUUUGUUAAAUGGAUGAUAAAAGUUAAAUUACUAGCUGACACCUUUAUAUUACUUGGAUACAUGCUGUGAUCUAUAUUCUGCAAUUAUGGUUGUCAGUAACUUUUAUUUUCAAUUAAACCCUGUUCAAACUAGUAAUAUUGCUCUCUGCAUCAUUUUGCAAAUUGCUAUGUAUCAUGAAUAAUUUCGUACAAUUUUAUCUGUGGUGGCAAUAGCUAUUAAAUGCAUAAUACCUGUAAAUAUAUCUGCUAUCAUAAAAGUAAAUAGCCUGGAAGUAACAGACCGGGUUUUCUUUCCAUUGGGAUUACAUUUACAUGAAUACGAGGAUGUAAUAUACAGCAAAUAUUUAAAAAAAAAAAAAAAAAGGCAAAGAUUUGAUUGGUCUAAUUUCAAAAUUGCUGGUAUAGUUAGGAUACUGUUGUGUGAUAUUUAAGUAUUUAUCAGUAACA